GAAGAGAAGUGGGAAAUACGAGGAUGAUAGGCUAUGUCUUAUGGCUGAUCAAAAAGCAAAGAGGAUGAUAGAAAAAGAUUGGUGGGUGGGGUUCAAAAAGUGCGCACUAAAAUGAAAGCGCAUAAAAGGAGUCGCAUUUGCUUCUGAAAUCCAAAAACAAAACCACAACAAAACAAGAAACUAUGCUCUUUGUGGGCCCAUCUCCGCCAUGGCCAAGGACUAGGCUGCCUCAGUCCCCACAUCAGCACUCCCCUCAUCAUUUCCAUCAACAACUCUCUCUUUCUCUCUCUCUCAUCAGCAUUUGCACCCACAACCAAUUUCUCUCAUUUCACUUGAGAUAACCGGUUUUUGGAAGUAUAUUUUUCCUUUAUGAUUUGGGUGUUUGGUUAAAUCUUUCCAUAACAGUGAUGUUAAGUUUCGUUUUGGGUUGAUUGGCUGUUGAUGGUGGUGAAGAAAGCUGAUUUUUAGUUGAAUUAUUCUUUUGCUAUAUAUAUUAUAUAUAUUCAUAUUAUAAUGGGAAAUUGUUGGUGUAGAGGGGAACCUUCAGUUUACAGAGUCUCGUCAAAUGCAAAAUCAGAGUCUCCAAAAGACCAGAGCCCUUCAGGGAAACCAUCAAAGGAUAUUAAGAAGCUACCAUCAAAUCCUGAGGAAGUAGAAGACCUACGUCGAGAUUCAGCUGCGAAUCCAUUAAUUGCUUUUACAUAUGAUGAACUAAAAGUGAUCACUGCAAACUUCAGGCAAGAUAGCGUGUUAGGUGGUGGAGGAUUUGGAUGUGUUUAUAAAGGAUUUAUCACUGAGGAUCUAAGAGAGGGACUUCAGCCCCUUCCAGUUGCUGUAAAGGUUCAUGACGGUGAUAAUAGUUAUCAAGGCCACAGAGAAUGGCUGGCAGAAGUCAUAUUUCUGGGGCAGCUUUCUCAUCCGAAUUUGGUGAAAUUGAUUGGAUACUGCUGUGAAGACGAACACAGGGUGUUAAUAUACGAGUUUAUGGCUCGGGGUAGCGUGGAAAACAAUCUAUUUUCAAGAGUAUUGCUUCCUCUUCCAUGGUAUAUUAGAAUGAAGAUUGCAUUUGGCGCAGCAAAAGGACUUGCCUUUCUCCAUGAAGCUGAUAAACCUGUUAUCUAUCGUGAUUUUAAGACGUCCAAUAUUCUACUUGACCUGGAAUAUAAUGCAAAACUCUCUGACUUUGGUCUUGCAAAAGAUGGACCUAUGGGAGAUAAAACUCAUGUUUCGACUCGCAUAAUGGGAACUUAUGGGUAUGCAGCACCUGAAUAUAUAAUGACAGGCCAUCUUACUCCGAGAAGUGAUGUAUACAGCUUUGGUGUUGUACUUCUCGAGCUUCUCACAGGCAGAAAAUCUUUAGACAAAUCACGACCAGCCCGAGAGCAGAACCUUGCAGAUUGGGCUCUACCUUUGCUAAAAGAGAAAAAGAAAAUGCUCAACAUUGUAGACCCAAGAUUAGAGGGAGAUUAUCCUAUUAAAGGACUCCACAAAGCAGCAAUGCUAGCUUAUCAUUGCUUGAACCGAAACCCAAAAGCGAGGCCUCUAAUGCGAGAUAUAGUUGAUUCAUUGGAGCCUCUGCAGGUUCCUGAAGAAACUUGGAAUGGAAAAUCUAUGUUUACUGUGAUUAAUGAUGUAGCAGAUGGGUAGUUAAGAAGAAAAGAAGAUCCACCGGUGACUGCAUGAGCCUGAUUUUGUUUCAUUAAGCUUCUUCUCUAGUGCACUGGUAGAGAGAUUUUGCAUUGAUGUGUGUCUAAUGCCUUAAACUUUUCUUCUUUUCUUUUAUUCUGUUUUUAAUUUUUUGCCUCUUUUUUCUUCUUACUAAGCAAAAACAUGAUUAUGAAUUAUGAUACACAGGCAGAUGGAUUAUUAUUGUAAAAAUUAAUAUCAUUAAUGAUGUGUUAUACAUACUUUAUUUGGUCUUUGGUUGUUAAAA